AUGGCAGCGUCUGCUGACGAGGACCUGAUUGCGCAGAUUUCGAAGCUGAAGCAGGAUCUGAAGUCGAAGAAGUCCUUCGUGAACGCCUGCGCGCAGCUGACGGAGAUCUCAGAGCAGUGGAGCCAGGACGCCUCUGAGCCCAGUGUGCAGGCUUUGCGAGAGGCGGCCAAAGCUGCUUUCACGGCGCUACAGACUCGCUUUUCAAACCCAAAGUUCUGGCAAGCUGGGCUCGAUCUCUUCCUUGCCCUCGAGUUCCACGUGCCCAUUGAAGAUGCUGGCAAGUGGCGGGAUGCUGCCGUGGAGGAAGUGGACGAAGAAGCGCGAGAGCGGGCAAAAGAACAGGCCCGUCUUCGCCGCCUCCAGGAAGACAAGACGCACAACAAGGGCCAAUUCGGCGACGCCGCGACGCCUCUCUCGCUCGGAGAGCUUCUCGCCUCGCAGGGCAUAGUCCUGGUCGAGGAGGAUGACCGCCGUCCGGGCAUGUCGCGGGAUGCCCGGGCGGAGCUCCGCGUGAAGACAGUUCUGGAAGAGGAUGUCUGCGUGGUGUGUCAGGAGGCGAUGCCUGUAGGGUCGAAGGCCAAAGCCAUGCCCUGCGGGCACCUCUUCCACGACGAGUGCCUCCUGUCCUGGGUGAAAAAAAGCAAUUCGUGUCCAACAUGUCGUUUCGAUGACAUGCCCAGCGAGAAGCGUCACUACGAUGAUGUCCAGCGGCAAGUGAUGCAAAGACAGCCGGGGCUCUACUCGUAG